CAGAAUUGAUUAGCGGCAAAAUGAAGCUGAGGCCAAGCUGCUUUAUGCAUUUCUUGUGCUUAGAUAAAAUGUACUGCUUAUUAUCUGUCAGAAAUGCUAGAGCACUGGCAUAUUACUUUAAACUACUUGAUGUUCAUAAGAGGAAUGCUCUGAAUGAUCUGCAGUUUUAUCAUUUUCUUCGCUAUGUAACUAAUCUGACCAAGUCCCAGAUCAUGUUGGUGUUUGACUUGCUGGAUUGGGAAGGAAAAGGGGAGAUUGGAUUUGAUGAGUUCUAUAUGCUUGCCUGCAUCAUUAUGGCUCACGAGAACCACCUUGAAAAGCAGUUCAUGUAUCGUCAUUCUCACGCUGUUUUCGAGUUGCUGGAUAUCGAUGGGGGUCAUACUGUUGGUCCAAUGGAGUUCCAAGCCACUCGUUUCCUUUUCAAUAUUAAGAAGAGCGAGCUGAGUCAGAUAUUCAAGGAUUUCGAUAUUUCUGGUGAUGAGCAAUUAAACUACAAGGAGUUCAAGAUGUUUACCAUCUUCUGCAUUGACAGACAACAGAGGAAAGCUAAAGAGAAGCUGAGGAGGCAAAUGGCUAAGGCUGCAGCGGAGGCUGAGGCUGAAGCUGCAGCUGAAGCUGAAGAAACUGAAAAUGAUUUGAGUGUACUUUAAUUACACUUGGAAGAACAGAGCCUCCUGCAGCCAGAAAAUUAUAAUCACAAAAAUUAAACAUGUAAUACAGAGAACACGGAAUAUCUCCUUCCAGCAAAUUGUUCAAGGAGAUCAAAAAGAGAAGUGAUUGUCCUAAGCUGUAUCAAUAUUUAAAUCUCCUUUUUGGAGAAAAUACUCCAAAAUACUAAGUUCUUUUAUAUACAAAAUACUAUAAACA